UUCUGCGGAUAACAGUUUUCAGCGCGGUGCGGUGUAUGUGUGCGUGCGUGCGUCCCCAUCGCAUGUGUAUGUGUGUGCGUGUGCUUUUCUUUAUAUUUUUUUUAAUAAUAAUUCUCUGUGAACUGGGUUCAAUAGAACCCAAAGAAAGUGAAAAGCAAUCGGGAAUUGGGCUUGAGAAUAUUUCAGCUUACAAAAUUCCCAUUCCAAAAUCUCAAAAGUGACUGCAGCAAAAGCAGCACCAAAAACGCAGCGGCAGCGACGUCGACAGAGCAACAACAACAACAACCUAGGUGGUGCAGAGAGAGAGAAAGAGAGAGAGAGGGAAAUAUAUUCGACAUGUGAGCUAAUCAGCGAUUUCUACAAACAUUUUCUGCUUCUUAAGGCCAACCAAAAAAACGAAGAAAAUCCGCGAGAAGUUCGACGAAACGAUUAAUAAUUUAGUUAAUGAUUUAUUUAAGUGACGUCGCGUGUUUUUUUUUCUCCAACAAGAAACAAAAAAGGGAGAGAAGAAAAAAACAGUUAACUUGUGGCCACCAACAAGCAGCGCAGUUGACGUCGACGUCGCUGCCGGCAGAAGUGGAAAGAAAAAGAACAGAUUGGAACUCAAUUUUUAAUAUUCUUCAGUUUUGUUUUUUAAAUUCCACAUAAACAAACUAAUUAAAAUAGUUUAAAAACCGAGAAGCAAAACCACUAUAACAGCAAUCUUAUCGCUUAAAAUAUUAUAUUCCAGAGCCCAAACGUCUUUUUUUUUUGGUUUAACCAUGGAAUAUUGAUUCCCAAAAAAACAAAAAGCAUACUGAAAAACAGUGAAAAAAAAGUAAAAAGCAGUGAAAAUGACGGACUUUGUGGAGCUAUUAAAUAGUAUGUCCAGUACUUUUAAUAGCGAUUGCGCUACAUCUACUGCGGAGGGCGGUACACUUCUAAAUUUGGAUUUGGCGGAGGAUAAAACCCUAAAAUGGCGCAAUUUGGCCAACAAUCAGUUUGCCUGCAAGGACAAAAAGCACAAGGAUGGUAAAGAGGAGGAGAAGGAUAGAAAGGAGGCCACGAAUUUAGCCGAAAUAGAGGAAAUUAAGGGACUCUUGGCGGAUGUUGUGGAUGCGGCCGCUGUGAAACUGGAAGAAGAGGCAGCUGCAGAAAAAGCUAAUGAAAAUGCAGAAAAACAAGAAGAAAAUGCGGCAAAUGUAAAUGAAAACACAGAACAUAAGGCCAAGGAGCAAACGGAGCCGCCAGAAGAAGAAGAGCUGAAAGCAUUGGAAGAAGAAGGUGAACAGGAGGUAGAAGGGCAAGCAGUGCAAGCCAUAACGGUAAAGCUGGAAAGCAGCGAGCAGACAGAGAAAAGUGCAGUAGCAGAAGCAGCAGAAGCGACGUCGGCGUCGACAGCGGACGGGCAGAGGGAAAACAUCAAGACUGAGCAGCAAAAAAAAGAAGCAGCGCAGGAAGCUGAAGAAACAACAACAACAGCAGCUGGAAAACAGGAAGCAAAUGCAGAAUUAACCACAACAACAAAAGGAACAACAACAACACUGGAAACGGCAACAGCAUCUCCACUUGUUGUCAAUUCUGCCGACAUCGACGUCGCUGCUGACGCAACAAAUUCAAAUUCGUAUGUGGACAGCCAGCAGCGGGCAGCGACGCCGACAGAGCAAGUGGCAGCGACAGCAGCUGAUAAAAAUGAACAGGUUUCACCAGGCGGAACGCGUCGUUCGCGGAGGACGCCGCGACCCACAGAUACGCCAACGCCCACUGCCACGCCCACACCAACACCAACCACCGAUGAACCUGUGCAGGUGGAGAUUACGGAACCCGAGUCGGCAGAGCUGCCAGUGGAGGUCAGUCGUCGUCUGGAGGUGCCAACGCUUGAGGAGAUUGCGGCAGCAGAUCGUCCUGAGGUGAAGAAGGAGCCGGAGAAGACGCCACCAACGACCACUUCAUCGCCCGAGGAAAACCCAGCACCUGCUCCCAAGCGAGGAAGAGGCCGUGCCAAGAAAAUACGACCAGAUGCCGAGGUGGACACCACCAGUGAAGUUCUGCCCCUGGCCGAUGAUUCGGUGGUGGAGAAGAAGCCGGGACGCAAGAGGAAGCACCCGGAGGAGCAGUUGGACCAGCAACAAGGCGACUUGGUGGUGGUGAAAACCGAGCAGGAGGAGUUGGGAGAUGCUCCCGCGGGCGAUGGCAAGAGGAUGCGUCGCAGUGUUCGUCUGGGCAAUCGAUUGCCCGCCGAUGGAAGCGCCUGGGAGGAUGUGAAGACCGAGCCCCUCGCUCACCUGCCGCCAGCGGAGCUCUCCUUCAUGGAGGUCACCCCGGUGCCCGUACCAUCUGCUGUCCUCGAUGAGAAAACGCCACCCAAAAAGCGAGGUCGCAAGGCCAAGAUUCCGCUUGGGGCAAAAAUAGAACCGGGAACCUCCUCCUCCGCGCUCCCUCCUCUAACCAAUGGCAACAAGAAAACCACUCCCACUGGUGGAUCCGAAGUGCAGCUGCCCAAGCGUUCGAAAAGGAGAAUCAAACCCACGCCCAAAAUCCUCGAAAACGAUGAACUGCGCUGUGAGUUCGAAACGAAGCACAUUGAGCGGAUGACCCACUGGGAAACUGCAGCAGCCGCCGGGGCAGAUGGCGAUUUCGAGACACCCCAAACUGGAGGUGGCUCCAAUUCCUCAACGUCGCGACAAAAGAGUGACAAGUCCGACGGCAGCAAUUUCGAAGGAGUUCCAGGCCAUCCCGCUGGCACGAGCGCCAUCAAGAAGCGACUUUUCAGCAAGUCUCAGCGCGACAUUGACAACUACGGCGCGGCUAUGCUGGCCAAGAGCAAGGUGCGUCCGUGUCCGGAUGUGGAGCAGUUCCUCAGCGACAUCAAGGCAUCGCGAAUCAAUGCGAAUCGCUCGCCCGAGGAGCGGAAACUGAACAAGAAACAGCAGCGCAAACUGGCCAAGCAGAAGGAGAAGCACCUCAAGCAUCUGGGUCUGCAGAGGAAUCACAGCGAGGAGGCCUCCGAUAACGACAGUUCCAAUACGGACAAUGAAUUUGUGCCCACCACCAGAGUGCAGGUGGGGAAACCCAGUGUUACCCUGCGGGUGAGGAACACGGUUACCAAGGAGUUGCCCACAACAUCGGCCGCUGCUCAGCAGAAAUCAUCUCGGAACGCAGUUGUGCAGCCAGUUAAACUCACGCGACGAGUGGCUGUAAGGGGAGCAGGAGCGGGAGGAGGAGCUGUGGCAGCCGGAGCAGGUCAAUCCAUUUUCACUCUCGAUGCGGAACAACUGCACUCGCUGAACACCUCGAUCCUAGCGGAAGUUGCGCCCACCAGAGACUUGGAUGCCAAGCCUAGCACCUCGAAAAUGUCCAAGUUUAUUUGUCUGUGCCAGAAAAGUUCGCAGUACUAUGCGAGGAAUGCGCCGGAUUCCUCCUACUGCUGUGCCAUCGAUCACAUUGACGAGCAGAAGAUUGGCUGCUGCAACGAGCUCUCCUCGGAGGUGCACAAUCUUCUGAGGCCCAGCCAAAGGGUGAGCUACAUGAUCCUCUGCGACGAGCACAAGAAGCGCUUGCAGUCCCACAACUGCUGUGCAGGAUGUGGCAUCUUUUGCACUCAGGGUAAAUUUGUGCUGUGCAAGCAGCAGCACUUCUUUCACCCGGACUGCGCCGAGCGUUUCAUCCUGAACACUCCCUACGAGGAAGGCCGUGGCGGUCGGGAGGAUCAGGGAGUCAAGUUCAGCAGUCCCAUGCUGGUGCUCAAGUGCCCGCACUGCGGCUUGGACACACCCGAGCGCACCUCCACGGUGACCAUGAAGUGUCAGUCGCUGCCCGUCUUUCUGCCCACCCAGAAGUACAAGAUCAAACCCGCCAAAUUGACCACCUCCUCGCAUCUGGCCCAAUUUGGAUCGGCUGGGAAAACCAGCAGCCCAGGAGCCAAGGCGAAAAGCAAGGGGGGGUCCUCCUCCGCCGUCGCCUCGGGCGCGGCGCCUUCCUCCUCCGCCUCAAAGACAAAUGGAACCCAAAGGGGCAAGGGGGGCAGCUGCAAUUCGAACUCCGGCCAGGCUCUUAACACGAUAAACUUUGCGCAGUUGAUACCGGACUCCGUGAUGAAUGUGGUGCUGCGGGGCCAUGUGGUUUCGGCCAGUGGACGCGUGACCACGGAGUUUACGUCGCGGGACAUGUUCUACGCGGUGCAGAACGAUGAUUUGGAGCGCGUGGCAGAGAUUCUGGCUGCCGACUUCAAUGUGCUGACCCCCAUCCGGGAGUACCUUAAUGGCACCUGCCUGCAUCUGGUGGCCCACCAGGGCACUCUCCAGAUGGCCUACCUGCUGCUCUGUAAGGGAGCCAGUUCACAGGACUUCGUCAACAUUAUGGACAGCGAACUGCGGACGGCAUUGAUGUGUGCAGUAAUGAACGAGAAGUGCGACAUGCUCAAUCUCUUCUUGCAGUGUGGAGCCGAUGUGGCCAUUAAGGGACCCGACGGCAAGACCUGUCUGCAUAUUGCAGCUAAGUUGGGCAACGUGGAGGCCACGCAGUUAAUUGUGGAGAGCUAUAGGGCCUCGCGGAAUAUCACCAGCUUUCUGAACUUCAUCGAUGCCCAGGAUGAGGGCGGUUGGACGGCCAUGGUCUGGGCAGCUGAGCUGGGACACACUGAUAUCGUUAGCCUCCUGCUCAACCAGGAAGCCGAUCCGAACAUCUGCGACAACGACAACAACACAGUGCUGCACUGGUCGACGCUGCACAACGAUGGACUGGACACGAUCACGGUGCUGCUGCAGGCGGGAGCGGACUGCAAUGUGCAGAAUGUGGAGGGUGACACCCCACUACACAUUGCCUGCCGUCACGAAGUCACACGGAUGUGCAUCGCUCUGAUUGCCAAUGGAGCUGAUCUGAUGAUCAAGAACAAGGCGGAGCAGCUGCCCUUCGAUUGCAUCCCGAACGAGGAGUCCGAGUGCGGUCGCACCGUGGGCUUCAACAUGCAGAUGCGCAGCUUCCGGCCGCUGGGCCUCCGCACCCUUGUGGUCUGUGCGGAUGCCUCCAAUGGCCGGGAGGCACGACCCAUCCAGGCGGUGCGCAAUGAGCUGGCCAUGUCCGAAAGUGAGGAUGAGGCCGAUUCGCUUAUGUGGCCUGACUUUCGCUACGUGACCCAGUGCAUCAUCCAGCAGAAUUCGGUGCAGAUCGACCGCCGCGUCUCGCAGAUGCGCAUCUGUUCCUGCCUGGAUAGUUGCAGUAGCGAUCGGUGUCAGUGCAACGGAGCCUCCUCGCAGAAUUGGUACACCGCUGAAAGCCGCCUUACCGCUGACUUCAACUACGAUGAUCCGGCAGUGAUCUUCGAGUGCAACGAUGUCUGUGGCUGCAACCAGCUCUCCUGCAAGAACCGCGUGGUGCAGAAUGGCACAAGGACCCCACUCCAGAUUGUUGAGUGCGAAGAGCAGUCGAAAGGAUGGGGAGUUCGGGCGCUGGCCAAUGUGCCCAAGGGCACCUUUGUGGCCAGCUACACUGGUGAGAUUCUGACCGCCCUGGAGGCUGAUCGGCGCACCGAUGACAGCUACUACUUUGACCUGGACAACGGGCACUGCAUCGAUGCCAACUACUAUGGCAAUGUGACCCGGUUCUUCAACCACUCGUGUGAGCCAAAUGUUUUGCCUGUUCGCGUUUUCUACGAGCACCAAGACUACCGAUUCCCCAAGAUCGCCUUCUUCGCCUGCCGCGACAUCGACGCCGGCGAAGAGAUCUGCUACGACUACGGGGAGAAGUUCUGGCGCGUGGAGCACCGCUCUAGUGUGGGCUGUCGUUGCCUGACGGCCUCCUGCAAGUACGCCUCCCAAUCCUCAAGCACAAAUGCCUCGCCUACGGAUGCAGCGACUGCAGCGGAACCGGAAAUGGAAACGGACACGCAGCCAUCUACAAAUGCCUCGGGGGAGCCGGAGCAAGCGUAGGCCACCACCACGACCUCAACUCGAAAUGAUUCCAGACAACCCAGUCUCAUCCGACAAAAUAGAAUCCCCACCAAGCCACCAGCAACCAAGCCACAUACAUCAGAGAUCUGACAUCACAGCACCAGCAGGAACGAUCGCCAUUUAUAUAGGAUAUAUAUAGUAUGCAUGAUGAAUCGAAAUCGGGGCUCGACGAGGGCCUUCUUCUUCGACUGCCAAAUGUUUCAUGGUUUACAAAUUUUUGUCUAAUUUUACGUAUACAGUUAGUUUUUGUUUAUUAUUAAUUUUGUUUGAUUUUUAUUCAUUUGUUUUUAUUCCCCUACCAUUAAUAUUUUAAUUAUUGCUAACAGCAUUCACCCAUUAUUUUUAUGUUUUAUACUAGAAACUAACCAAUUAGAUGGGCAAACUGUGUUGCCAUGUGCAAAUCCCAAUUCCCUCCCGACAUUUGAAGUGUGUGUGUGUUUCAAACUUAAAAUUAUACUUAGAGUUUAUCGGGUGAAUGGAGAAUUAUAACUGCGGUAAAGUGCAUCUAGUCAUAAGAAUGAGGGAGACAGAGGUUUAAACAUAGGAAGAGAGCAGGAGAACUCGUUUGUCCAGCUACAGUGUGUUUUAUAGUUGUAUUAGCAUGUUCAAUAAAUCAGUUUUUAUUAGGUUGUAAAAUUGUAAAAGUAUUUUGUCUUUGUUCAAGCAGGUUUGCCCUGGUGUUUAAACAUUUAAAUUUCAUUAGAGAGAAUUAACACUAUUUAAAGUAACUAUAAUUCGUUAAAAAGCACUGAAUGUAACAAUAAACCGAACGAAAACGAGGAAUUAUAAAGCAGAAAUCUUUUUUAUAUCAAGCAUUGAUUGUAGAUCAACAAAUACCAGAUAAGCUAAAGAAAACAGUGUCUAUACAACCAUAUAUAAUAUAUUGAGCAUAUAUGUCUUUGUGCAGGGUAAAGUACUGAUAGUCGUUAACAGAAAAUAAGUUCAAGUUGUUUUGUAUUUAGCCAGGGCCCCCUACACACACACACACACACACACACCCCAACUGGUCACCACCUGCUCCUCCAAUCCCAGCCAGAGAGCACAAUUCGUUUAAGAAUUUUUCAGUUUGCCAAGCAAAAAUUAGCCAAGCCACAAGUGCCUCAAAGAGAAUAAUACCCCAAGCCCGCACACCCACUAGGAAACCCCCCGAUUUGGCUCCAGACCAACAAGGUUUAUAUACAGGAACUAUCUAUCCAGCUAUCACUCGACCAAGAUCACAAACUGCAAUGCAUUUUGGGACAAGACCCUUCGAUAGUCGAACAGAGAAUUGAAACGACGGACUGCGGUUUACUUAACGUGUGGAGUUCUCCGAUUCCGUUCCCGAUCAUAUAUUAUAUAUACUAGCAUCCAAAAUCCUCGUAGCAUAUCCCCGCGUCUAACGAUCCCCCCCAUGUGCUAUAUAGACUUGGAUAUCGGGCUAUUAACUUUGAUGUGCGUUUUGCGUCUUUAGGUGUAAGCUGUAAAUGUUUGUAACGACAAUAUAGGAUAUGUAGUUUAAGCUGUAGGUUAUCCCCCCUUUCACCCACUACCCACUAUCCCUCCCCCACCCCUCGUAACAAGGUCCAGGGUCAAAGGACACAAGACGUCCCCCUCCCCGCGACAUUUCAACUGGCAUUUCUAUACGUAUUUGUGUACCUACGAUAAGAAAAAAAGAUUUAUAAUGGAAUAUGUAUGUACGGUUUCGAUGUCCCCGGGUCUAUUGCAUCCGGAUCACACUUAGAAAUUAUAGCAUAACUCACAAAACAUGUAUGUUUUAAUUUUAAUUGUUAUCGCGGGCAGCGACAGAGCUGUCUUAUCUUAUUUGUUUUGUUUGCUUCGGCUUCCUUUUUUUUUUGCAAAGACAUUUCAUGAGUUGUUUCACCCAAAAUUACUGAUUAGUUUGGGAAAUCGAAAGUAUACCUCCUUGGGAGAGGCACAUUUCGUUUGCAAUUACGUUAACGUUUAGCCAUAAGAUAUUAAAUCAAAUAAACAAUUCUGAACAGCAA